AUGGCGUUGGCUUCCGCGGAACGCUUCGAAGUCUCGGGUAACGGUAAGAAGGAGGUUGCGGAGAAGAGAAUUUCAGGCCACAUCGAGACAACCGGGGCUAAACAGCCAUCUAAAUGCAUCCGAGCUGCUCGAUAUGGAGCAACGCAUUUAUCUCGGUAUUCGACUCGUAAAUUUCCAUUUCGGGCGAUGUUCUUGGCGAAUCGCUGCCAAGAGCGUGGAUUCGACGAAUUCUAUCUUGCUAUGGCGUUGAGUUGGACAUUGAAGCAAAAGUUGCAGCGGCCACACCCUCGAGUGUCUAGUCUUCAAUCGAUCAAGAUUCAAGAAUUCGUGACCUCUUCGCGCAUGCACGCUUAUGCUUAUCCUUCGACACGGUGCCGUGUUCCACCAGAAUCACUCGCAAAAUUUCCCAGUGUUGGUCGAGAUAAGACGGCUCGCCAGAAUAUUCCGAGUCGGAAUGGAAAUGGAUAA